UUCUACAACAAAAUCCAGUAUACUCAGAAAUAAAAGAAAAAUAAAUAAAUUCACUCUACAAUUUGAACUUAAUAUUAGUAAUAUGCUACGCCAUAUUAUUGUUACACCAGUUUACCCUAUGGUUAAAAACAAACAACGGGAAACCUCAAGGUCGUCAGUCGUCAUCUCUUUAGCGAAAGUAACAAAAAAAAAAUGUCACAUGGUGGCUACGGUAAGCGGCGCGUGGGGGAGGGCAAGCGCGUAGGGAGGCGAUCAAAAGGACCUGGCCUAGACAAGAAACUAAAGCCUAAAGCCGUUUCUCUUAAGAACCAGAUACGCUCCAUUGAACGCAUGCUACGAAAGGAUCUUCCUCCUGAAGUUAGAGAAGCUCAAGAGACGAAAUUAGAAGGUCUUAAGAAACAACAAGAAAUACAUACUCGACUUGCUGUGGAACGAAAGCUAUUCUUGCGUGAUCGGAAGAUUAAGUUUUUUGAAAGAAGAAAGAUUGAAAGGCGAAUAAGGCGGUUGGAGAAGCAGCAACGGAUUUCGCCAGGUCAGGCACAAGACAUGGAGAUUGCUGAACAGCUGUCUAAAUUAAAAGAGGAUCUUGAAUAUGUUAGGUUUUUCCCCAAGACUGAGAAAUAUGUAUCCUUAUUUACGGGAGGUGAUGGUUCGGACCUAAUUGAUAAGAGAAAUAGAUUGCGGAAGCAGAUAAAAGCCAACUUAGUUGCUGCUGCUGCAAGCGGAAAAGAUUUGGAAGGGACAGGGAGUGAGGAUGACGGGCUGUUGGAUUUGAGUGAUGAUGAUUUCUUUUUGACUGGAAGCUCGAGUGAGGAAGCUGAUGCAGAUGAUGAAUGGACAGAAAGUACAAGGGAGUGUGCUUCUGGCAUAGCGGCGUCCGGCAUGUCUAGCGAUGAAAGGAAUCAGAAACAGGUAUCUGCAAGAGAUUUAAUGCCGCCUCCGAGGCCAUCAAGUAAUUCUUUUUCAAACUUUGUACGUGCAAAAUCAAGGUUUGGAUCUUCAUCUAGCCGAAAUUCAUCAAUACGAAGAACUGAAAUGUCCACAUCUAGCCACACUUCAAAAAGCAGUAGUUCUUCCUUUAAGGCGGGGGAAUCCUCAAAUUCAAAGACUGGAAACAAUAGUAACUUAAGUUCCAAUUCUGAUGCUCGCAAACCACACAGAAAGAGGAGACCAAAAAAGAGAAAACAACAGGCAUGAAGUGAACUCCGCUUUUGGUAUAAUAUAGGGUCAAUGGUUAACCCAUCGGUGAUGGAGACAGAUUUAUAAGGAGGGGCCAGCUGCUGCCUCCAAUUGAAAUUUAAGAACUGUUUUUGUACUAUUUUGUAAUUUUCCCCCAAUUCUAAGAAUUUUUUUCCUGUGGUAAUUAAUUCAUUGUCUUAUUUUAAAUUUUUUAUAGAUUUAUAUGUAUACAUUGGAAAUGGCCAAAAGAGCCUUGAUUUAA